CCCCUGCCCGCCGUCGGUGUCGCCGGGUCCCGCUCGGUGUCUGGCGGCGGCGGCGGCCGCAGCCCCUGAGGUAACAGCGCUGAGACCGAGGGGGGGGCCCGUUCGACACCGGGAGGAACCGCCCGCACCCUGGGGCCGCCCCCACCCCCCCGCCCCGGGGCUGCCGGGGCCCCGCGGGGCACAGGAGAUUGAGUUUUAAAGGUGUGUGAAGGCUGCUCCCACUUACCUUGGAAUAUUGGAGCUAGACACCAGCACCUCUGCACUGAGGACCCCUUGGAUUCACCCUGAAGGAACCUGAUUACACCUGAAUAAAACCUUCAAACUGCACAAAUGCUCACAGUGCCACCAGAGCUCCAGCUUGUAGCAGCAGUAGCUUUGGGAGAGCUAAAUCAACAUCUACAAUCUCAACCAGGAUGCUUUGGGGCUGGUUCUCUCUUCAGCUUAGCUCAGGAUGGCAGACCAGAGGCAACGUUCACUCUCUACUUCUGGAGAAUCAUUGUACCACGUGCUAGGGCUGGACAAGAAUGCCACUUCAGAUGAUAUCAAAAAGUCAUACAGGAAACUGGCGUUGAAAUACCAUCCUGAUAAAAACCCUGAUAACCCAGAGGCAGCAGAAAAGUUUAAAGAGAUCAAUAAUGCCCAUGCAAUAUUGACAGAUGCCACCAAGAGGAACAUUUAUGAUAAGUAUGGGUCUCUGGGGCUCUAUGUAGCAGAGCAGUUUGGUGAAGAAAAUGUGAACACGUACUUCGUGCUGUCCAGCUGGUGGGCAAAGGCCUUGUUUGUGUUCUGUGGGCUGAUCACAGGCUGCUACUGCUGCUGCUGUCUGUGCUGCUGCUGUAAUUGUUGCUGUGGGAAGUGUAAACCUAAACCUCCUGAAGGUGAAGAGCAGGAGUACUACGUCUCUCCAGAGGACCUGGAGGCACAGUUGCAGUCAGAUGAAAGGGAGGCCUCAGAUGCACCUAUUGUGAUACAGCCAGCAUCAGCCACAGAGACAACCCAGCUCACAGCUGACUCCCACCCCAGCUACCACACCGAUGGAUUUAAUUAAGUUAAGGAAACACUGUAAUUAGAAUGGAUUAAACAAACAAACACAACAGAAAACAAACAAACAAACAAACAAAAUACAUGGCCAACUCAACACUAGAAUCAUGAACAUUAGAAGUAGAGAAUGGGGAGGGGGAAUUAAUUCUGCCACAGUAAGAAGGCAGCUUUCCAACCUGCUGAAAAGAUUUUGUAAUCCCUUCAGCCUUUUGUCACCUUUCAGUGUCGUAUCUUGAUGAUACCUGAAGUGCUGUAGCAUGCAGUAUUUAAAGCAGUUUAGCUACAAUCUUGUUUCCUUUUUUUUUUUUUUUCCUGUUUCUGGUUUUUUUUUUAAUUUUUAUUUUUUAAUAGCGUGUCUGGAGUUCUGUUCGUUGUCUGUGGUGUAAUGUAUUGGGUUGUCACAAUAUGUGAUGGAGACAUUCUGCAUUUUAAGCAGUGCUACUGGCCUAAAAAAGGAGAUUUAAAAAGAAAAAGUUUCACAGAAGCCACCAUUGUUCCACACAGCUGAGCUGUCAAGGACCUUUAAAAGUUCAGGAUUCUCAUUUGAGUGCAAGAAACCAAUUCUUUUAAUUCCUCCUAUUCCUGUGUUGUUAUCCAAGCAAGUUUACAAAGCCAAGAACCAGAAAAAUACCAGUCCUGCAGAGCUGGAAUUCUCUUUAAUGCUGGUUUUCAGCUUAAAUAAAUCUAUCUUGAAAAAUAAGAAGGGGAGUUUCCAAUCUUUGAGCAGUGAGUUGGUGAACAGCUCAUUCUUGGAGGGCAAUCUUUAGUGACAGUGUCACCCCAGCCUCUGGUUUGGCACCAGACCAGCUGUGAAGGGGCUUUUUUUGGUGGUGAGACUUUAACUCCAAGCACAGUUCUGGUUUGGUUUGAGUUCAGUCAUUUUCCUGAAACACUAAAGACUAAAUAGUGCAGCUUUUUUUGAACCUUGCAGUGAAACUGCUGAACUGGUUUUCACUGAGCAAGUAAAAUGCAGACAGAUUUAGGCAUCAGCAUAAAUAUUUAAAAAGAACUGAUUGGGCUUUUUUAGCAUUUGUUCUGAUAAUUGGAGAUUUUAAUAGACAAAUGGGGUACCACAUGUGAUCUUUUUAAAGCUUUUAUAGUACAGUAGCCCUUUAAUUCUCUCAUGAACAUCUUUGUGGAGUACUGAAAUGGCUUUUUAAGAACAAAACACCUUUUUUCUGUGUUCCUAUUGUAUAAUUUGCACACUGUCAUGCAGUUAGGCUUUCUUACACCAGUGUUUUUCCUCAGAACUACUAUGGGGAAACCAUUGGAAGGUUUCCUGUACUAUUUUGAAACCAAAUUGUGUUUGAAUACUGCUCUAGACACUGUGAUUCGUUGAGAUUUAACUGUUUCUAAAAAAAAAAAAAAAGCACUUUAGGCAGUGCUGGUGUGUUUUUGUUUUUAAUAAUCUUCCUUCAGAAGAUGUGAAGGUUGAGAACAGUGACCAGAGAAGCCACACUUGGCACUUGCAGCAGUUAAUUACAGCCUCUAGUUUUGAUCUUUCAGGUUUUAUGUCACAAUGGCUCUCCUGUCCUUGUGUCCCCCCUCUCCCCUUUUCAUUUUUCACUGUUUCUGGUGAGAGGCUAUUUGCAGCCUUCCACCUGGGGUCCACUUUGAAGCUGUUUUGUGCUGCUCUGCCACCAGGUCCAGGUGUGGCUUUUGAAAGGGGUGAAGCUCUGCUGGUCUGGGAGAAAACCCUCAGAAAAUGAAAGGGACUCUCCUGCCAGAGAAUUGUUCUGAAUAUAUUUCCAGGCUGUCUUUUCAUCAGCUGAGAACGAUGGAGCAGAUAAAAUCUCACAUAAAACCCUGCUUAAAAAAAAACACCCAAACGUUGUUCUUGACACAGUCUCAGUGCUGAGAGAGGGGUGCUUGCAAAGUCAGACUUUUCCUCUAGUUGGUACCAGCUUGUUGCCUGCAUGUGAGCUUGUUGCAAGUAAGCACGCUUGAGAUACCACAUCAGGUCCCCCAAAAUGUAAAAAGAAAUGUUAUUUUUAUUUAGCUGAGGAGAUUUCAGUAGCACACUCCUGGCACUUCCUUGCCCACUGCCCUUCUAGACCUGAAACUUGGUGGUUUACUGGGAGAUCCUUUCAACAUUGUCUGCAAAACUCUCUUGGGUGGCCUUGAGGAGGUUUGGCUUAUUUAAUUUAAGUCUUUUUUUUUGACCCCUUGGAAUGAAAAGCACUUUUUAGGCUUAAAAAAAACUUAGUGUGACAUUGGCUGUCUGUGUUGGUUGUGCCUGAAGCUCUUGGUGUUGAACUGCACGCUGGAAUCUGCUUGAGAAUCUUGCAGGCUUAGAAACUCACCCUGAAAAUUGCCCUUCUCUGUGCAAAUUGUCUUUUGGUGAUAAAAAAAAAAACCCAAAAGAAAGCUUUAGGGGUCUUUUUUUGGGCUUUGUAAAGGAGCAUGGUGGGUCAGAGUGAGAGGAAGGGGCUGUAACACAAAGCCACUUGCUCAGGGUAGGUGCUCCAUGGCAGAACAGCUGCCCCCUGAUACUAGGGCUGGUUUUUAGUGUUAAAUUGGAAUGUUUCUUAUCUCUCAACCCCCCUGAGCUCCUCCUGCUGCACUGGGGAGCCUGGCAGGAGGUGUGUGAUGCACCCAGAGUCACUCCUGACAUUGGCACUGAAAGGUGGGCAGCAAGGGAGGGAGGAGGUGAUGCCUGAGCCCUGUUUUGGGAGAAGGUGAGAUCCAGGCUAACUGUGCUGGUUUAGUUCUUGCUUUAGCAAAGAAAACCACUCAGAUCCCAGUUACAGGGAACAACAGGAAUAUGUGGGUUUAGGUUCAUGUUCACUUUUAAUGAAAUUGUUUAAAUUUGCCUGUGUUCAUCUGUCACCUCUGAAUUUCAGAUGUUUGUGUGUUAAUGUAAUUCCUCCUGAGCUGUGUAGGGAAUCUGUGUAGACAUUGCUUCCUCACAAACAAGUGUGUCCUCUCAGAGGGGAAGGAGGGGAAUCCCCACUUCUUUUCCCUGCUCUUUUAGGAGUAGCUUGGGCUCUUUCAGGAGGUUGCACUUCAGACUGGCCCAUUGAAUCCUGGUGAAUCCCAAGCUGGAUAAAAGGGUUAAAAACCUGGUGCAGGAGAUGGCUCAGCAGCUCUGAGCCUGGGCAGAAGGAGCCCUGCAGCCCCUUAGCUGCUUCUGUGCAGAAUGUUUCCCUCCAACAUCAAACCUCAGCACUGUUGGUCUCUGUCCAGUGUGUUGCCAGAGUUAAAUCUUGAGCUUUGUUUUGUUUUGUUUUGUUUGUUUGGUGGGGUUUUCUUGGUGUUUUUUUUGUUUUGUUUUGUUUUGGAUUUUUUUCAUUUAAAAAGACCUCAUAUCAUAAUUUUUUUACAAGUUGCCUGAGUCCUCCCUUUCAGCAGUUGGGCCACUUUUACCUAGCUGGCUGAGCCUCUCCAGCACCAGUUUUUUGUGGGUUUUUUUUAGCACUUGGAGCUCCUCCUGAUGAGGAGGAUGAGGAAGAAACUGCUCUGGAGAGUUUCUGCUGGCUGCUCUUAAGGACCACUGAUUCUACCCCUGAGCUGUGUGGUGUGGAGAGCUUCUUGGUAGCUUUGGGGGAGGAGGGCAAGCUCCUGCCUCCCUGCAGAGUGCUCAGGUGCCAUCAACCCUCCUGGCAGGAGGAGGAGGAAGAGGAAGAGGAGGAGGAUGGGGAAAAAUCCUCCCUGGGGGUGGGAGAAUCCCCAAUGCACUGUAGUACAACGAGUUGUAGACUUCACUUGAAGUGGAUGCAGGGGCAUUGCACCCAUCAAAAUGCCAGUUUUCAUUUUGUUAGUGAUGUUUGUAGGAAAUUCUUAAUAAUAUUUAUCUGUACAUAACUUUGUUUCUGUAAAGCUCUGUGCUGUCUGUAGGGUGUAGGUUUCUGCUGAUUCCACGCAGUGAUGUUUUAGGGCCAUGUUGUUACCUUUUCAGUCCUUUAUUUUAUUUUAUUUUGGUUUUUUUAGAUUUGUAAUAUUGUUUUUUUUUAAACUGCUUUAGAUAUUAGUGCUCGUGGUGUUCUCAGCAAUGUGAUGCUCUGGGAGGUCUGGGUGAGCACAGCCUGAACAGGAACACGGGAAGGGGAGAACUCCCCAAGUCCUGCAGCAGCGCUCUGGUCAGGGAGCUCAGCUUCCCAAACCUUUCCUGUCUCUAUUGAAACCAGGGCAGGAAAAGCUGUCCCUGUCCCAUCUGUGGGGUGGUUGUGUGGUGUUGAGGGACACCCCUCUGCUUUUGGGGGGGUUAGGGCAGAGCAUUUGUACCCUAUGCACUCCUUGAGAGAGGCACCCGCUCUCCUCCACUCCUUUCCCCCGUUGUCCCCUGCCCUUUGGUGUCCUUGACAUUUCCAGGUGAUUUAGGAAACACCUUGGUGCUGCAGGUUUUUCCAACCCUGUGCAGCUUAGUGUCUUCUUCUACAGGAGACCCUUAAAGGUGCUCAGGGAGGAGUUUGCAGCCCCUGCUUGGUGUUAAUUCUGUGAGAAGCCUCGUGAGUCCCGGAGCAGGGAACCGUGACCCCCCCAGUGCAGUGCUGGUAGUGUGAGGUCAGUGUAAACCUAACUGCUUCCUUACUUGAUGGCUCUUCUCUGUCUCAUAGUGGAAAUCAUCCAGCUUGUAGCAUUCCCAUUGCACCAGCAACUGCUUCAAAUCCCUGGAAAGAGCUGUAACAGCGGGCUAGAGGCGUGGUGGGGAGCUGCUCCGUGCCCAAGUCCUGCAGGAACCAGGGGCUGGGUGCUCCCAGGGACUCAGCCAGACAGGAAUUCCCAUUUCCUUCCAAGAAGAGGUUUUCUUCAGGAGGAGAAGCUGCCUGAGGGGAAACUUGUCUGAAUGUUUGCCUGAGCCAAGUGCUGUAGAUCUGGGAGACAAACCUUUCGGGCAGCAAACUGCCAACACUACGUGCAGGUUACAAGGAUAGAAGGUGGGAGUUCCUGGUGGAGAUAUAUAUAUUUAUAUAUAUAUAUAUAUAUAAAAUGUAUAUGUAUAGAGGAAGCUUAUAUAAAGUGGCUGUUCAUUCUGGAGUGCUGUUGUCUUCUCUCUUGCCCUCCCCACCAGCCGUGGGGGUGCACUCUUGCAGUCUGUGAGCAGUUGCUUCUCCUGCCUUUCCAAAAAUUCCACGAUUUACUUGAAUUCUGCCAGCUGCCCCUGGCUGGGCUGGGUCUGCUCCUGCUCCCUGUGGCAGGAGGGAAGGGAAGCCCCAGGAGGGCAAGGGGCUGCCUCUGGGAUGGUUUGGGCUGGGGGGUGUUUUAAACGUGCUGGAGGUGUAGCAAAACACAUUGGUUUGGGGUUUUUUUUUUGCCUUUUUCCCCACAUUCUCUGCAAAGCAGGAGGCUGUGAGCUCACAGGGUUGCAGUGUCAUGUGUGUGUAUCUGUGUAUAUAUGCACAUAUGUAGAUAUUUACACCACUGGGUGUGCUCCUAGGACUUGCUGCUGGGUUUUGUUUGGUGGUAAAAAGGUGAAAUUUGGCUUCAAGCACUGCUGUGACCUCUCAGCCAUGCAGGUGGAAGGCGUGAGGUUUCUGUGUCCAGAAUUCUGCUUUCUCCUUUCAGCUGCAGGAAAAAAAACCAACAAAAAAAAAACCCCACCAAAAUCCCCCCCAGGUCUGUGGGGGUCAGCAGGUGAUGGGGGAAGUGAUGGGUGAGGAGAGGAAGCAGGAGAGCUGUGCUGCAGGGAAAGGGAAAGCAACCUUCUACUCCCAAGGCUCCAUGGCAGAAAUGGGGGAAUAUUAGGGGAGGGUUGGGGUGGGUUUGGGGGGGUUUCCUUUACACUUCUGAAGUUCUCUUUGUGUCCCUCAGAGCACAGAACUCUGAGGUUUGCCAAGUUCCCAACGCUCGCUGAGCCCAUCGCUGUCAUUCCUUCCACUCCUCCCCACCCUCACCCUCUUCUGCAGGGCUUGGGGUUUUGUUUUUUUUUUUUGGGGGGGGUGGUUUGUGCACCCCCAGCCAUCCCAGGUGGUUUUUAUUCCAUUUUGCAUGUGAGCAAGGCCCUGAGCUAAGUAAUUCAUUGGUGGGGUUUGGUUGUGUUGGCCUCUAGAGGAAGCCUGAGGGAACCUGUGCUGCCUUUGCACUGUGCUUCCCCUCGGGUGGGAUGGGGUGUGGGGUGUGGGGGGGGAGCCCCUCUUUAAAAAAGGAAAUUUAAAAAAGGAAAAAAAAAAGAAAAAAAAACAAAAGUUGUAAAAAGACAAAAAAACAAAACAGAAAAAAAAAAAAAAACCAACCCCCAACAAACCACCAAACCAAACCAAACCACAAUGGAAUAUAAAUGCAUCUGAAAAGCAAUUCUAAUAUAGACAUAUAUCUAUUUUGUUAUGUUACAAAGGACCAUACUUUGGGGUGUCUGUCAGUAGCUGUGGCUGUCUGAACUCUGUGGAUUGUAACACUGGAUACUGCUGAGCUCCUGUGCAUCCCUGCAGUGAUGGCAGAAGGAAUUCUUUUUCUGUUCUAGCAUGGUAAUUUGUGUCUUGUAUGUCCGAAUAUCAACUCAAAUAAAGAUUGCUUAAGUUAUCUGAAA